CCACCUCCCCCUUCUCCUCCUCCUUCUCCUCUUCUUUUUGGAUGAUGAUAGGGCUGUAAAACAUUUGCUGUUCAUAAUUUAUAUGUAUAGUGUUCUUCUGGUUGGAUAGUUUUUACAACCUCCUAGGUAAGAAUUAUAUUAUACUGAGGAAAAACAAUUUCUUCUAAAAUGUGAAGCAGUAACGAACGAUGAUAAAAUGCACCAAUUCAGUAAAAACAAGCUUACUCUUCUUUUAUUUUCUUCCUGGGACAAUACAUUUGCCACUGCUUAGAGUUGGUUCUUCAUCAUUCUCUGGGGCAUUGUGAUUUGGGGAAAUUAGACUCGUGUAUUUGCUAGAUAAAUCCCUGUGUGGUAGAAGCUAGCUGGGGUGGGUUUAUCUACUCCCCGUGACCAACAGGAGCAUCAUGGAAUGUGUGUGUGUGUGUGUGUGUGUGUGUGUGUGUGUGUGUGUGUUUGCCUGUCAGUGUCUGCGUGUGUGUCUAUGCCUGUGUCUGUGUCUGUGUCCAGCUGUCUAUGUGUGUCUGUGUGAUGGGGGUACAACCCAGGCCUUCUCCGUUGCUAGAAAGCACUUUACUGCUGAGCAGCACCAGGAACUGCCCAUUUUCCCCCACAAGCUCAUAGGCAAGCAACGAAGCUUGAACUUUAACUUCAGCCUUUACGAACAUGGAAGCCAUCACGGUGGAGGAAGGCCAGACAUUCACCUUAAACUGUGUUACUUCUCUGACAAAAAACGCCUCUCUCCAGUGGCUGGCACCCUCAGGGUUCACCAUUUUUUUAAAUCAGCAUCCUGCUUUAAAGGGUUCCAAAUACCAGCUUCUUCACCGUUCGGCUACACAGCUCUCCAUCAGUGUGUCCAACGUGACUCUACAAGAUGAAGGCAUGUAUAAAUGUUUACAGUAUGGAAGUGUCGUGAGGGCGAAGCAAGUGAGAGUGACUGUGUUAGUGACUCCUUUCCAGCCAACUGUGGAAGCUCAGGUUCUCAGAAGGCAGAAUGGAGAAAAACACGUCGUGCUGAAAUGUUCCACGGAGAGAAGCAAGCCCCCUCCACAAAUCACCUGGCUGCUGGGGGGCGAUGUGGAGAUCUCUGGUGAACUUCACCCUGAAUUUGGACCGGAUGGGAAGACAUGUACCACCAGCAGCACCCUAACAGUCCACAGCUAUGGCAAAAACUCAACAGCGCACUGCAUUGUCCAGCACAGCGGCCUACAAGGACGGAAGCUGGUUGCCCCCUUCUGGUUUGAAGAUUUGGUUGCAGAUCAAGAAACAGCUUCGGAUGCCCCUGAGCAGAGCUCUCUCUCCUCUCAGGGCCUCCAGCAGCCGGAGAGUACGGUCUCAAUGACAGAAAAUUCCAGUCUACCCGAGACUGACAGAGAGGAGAAAGAACACAACUCUCAGGACCCUGCCUUGAACACUGAAGCCAGUGCUCUGUACACAGGACUGACGAGGAGGAAGAGUGGCAUUCUGCUGCUCACACUGGUGUCCUUCCUCAUUUUCAUCCUCUUCAUCAUUGUUCAGCUCUUCAUCAUGAAGCUGCGUAAAGCACACGUGAUAUGGAAGAAGGAAAGUGAAAUUUCGGAGCAUACUCUAGAAAGCUACAGAUCAAGAUCCAACAAUGAAGAAACAUCUUCCCAAGAGAAUAACAGUCAGACUUCCCAGUCUAAGCGUUGCAUGAACUACAUCACGCGGUUAUACUCGGGAGCCAAAGCAAAGCAUUGCAAACCAGAGGACAAGCAGAGUCGUGUCCCAGAGAGCAUUGUGUAGUGUUCCCUGCUAUAGAAGAUAGGAUUUUCGGGGCAGCCGAAUCGGGCUCUGGAAAGGAGUGUAAGUACUGUGACAUGGAAAAAAAAAUGUCCAUUGAGUACAAUUCAAGACCAUGUCCAUUGAGCCAAGGCAGCAACAUGAUGACCAAGCCAUGGACAGAAAGCUCCUCAUUGAAAGAAAAACAUAGAAAAAACCUAUUAUGACUGACACUACCUCAGAGCUGGAGAACUCUGCUAAGUCUUUUGGAUCAGGGUCACUAUGACCACUGAACAUCUGACCUCAAAGGGAGGAGCAGUUUUUAGAUCUGGGGCUGCAGUGGAACUGUUUGAAUUGGUUGAAAAUCUUUCCUUCCGGUCAAAAAGAACAUAAGCCUGAGAAGCGCCCAAAGAAGACCUGAGAUACCAGAAGCCUGCUUUCAUGACAGGCUCUCAGAAGAUUCCACAUGGGCAAGGGGGAGAAGUGGGACGUCACAGCAUGUAACAGACACGACUAUCUAGAGAUUCACAGCUCUCAACACAAGACCUGCAUUCAGCUGCCAAAAGGCUUCCUGACAGACAAUUUUUAACCUAAUUACACCAUGGCAAAAUCAUGUAGAGAGCAGAACCAUGAGUUUGACAGACUGUUGAACUCAUGAAUGGUUUUUGGAACUUUUAUAAAGACUAGAAUGUGUCUCUCUAGAGGUUGUCGUGCUUCUUGACUAUCUGGGUGAAAAUGAUUAAUAACUUUCUGUUAUAAAAAAAAAUCAGUUUAGAGGAUGUAGCAGACCCUGAUGCUCUAAGAAAAGUUCUUUAUUAUUUGGAUCUGAGAAAACCAGUUUGAAAGUAUUACAUGCACACACCUAUGCAUGUUUGUACAUACUUGCACACACUCAUACAUACAAAUACAUACAGACUCACACCUGUAUGAAUGUGUUAUAGCAGAUACUAGCUCCUCCUGGUUCUAUACAUUCUGUGACUUUUUUUUUUUUUCAUUUAACAAAUCACAACAUUACAGCAAACUGUAAAGGCAGCACAGAGGACCUUCCUCACCUAUUUGAGAGUGAAUCGAUGUGAUGUUUAAUACCCCUUAACUCCCCUGGGAGCCCCAACAAAGACACAUAUCACCACAAAGCAGCCAUCUAAGUCAGGAAGGCAACACCGCUGUCUUCCCACUCAUGGUCCACAGUUGCUGUGGUAUUUUGAGUGAGAAUGGCCACUAUCAAGUCAUUUGUUUGAAUGUUUGGUGACCCAUUAGUGGGACUGUUUGGGAAAGAUUAGGAGGUGUGGCCUUGUUGGAGGAAGUAUGUCACUGGGGAUGGACUUUAAAGUUUCAAAACCCCAUACCAGACCCAAUCUCACUCUCUGUGCCUGCUGCCUGCAGAUCAGGAUGGAAAGCUCUCAGCUACUGCUUUAGGACCAUGCCUGCCUGCUUCCCACCAUUGAUGAUAAUGGACUAAUCCUCUAAAACUGUAAGCAAGCCCCCAAGUAAAGUCUUUCUUUUCUGAAUGUUGCCUUGGCCAUGAUGUCUCUUCACAGGAAUAGAACAGUGACUAAGGCAGACACCAAUCAAGCUUUCCAGGUUGUCCCAAGUGUCCUGAAGGUCCCAGUUAGAGUCUCACUUCAUCUUCACCUCUGUCUGUUGGGAAUUAUUCAUCUGUCUUCUUUCUCUUUUCAUGACCUGGGUGUUUGCAAUACAGGGUAAUUAUUUUAUAGAGCAGCUCUCAGGUGGGGUUUGUUUAGUGUUUCUUUGGGAUCAGGUUCAAAUUACACUUGUACUGGACUCUCAAGGAAGCCCACUGAGUCUUAUUUUCUUGUGUAUUAUUUUAUCCCGCUUGAUUUUUGAUGCUCACUUUGAUUGAUUCACAUGGUGCCAUUGGACUUCUCCACUGCAAACUUACUCUCUUCCCCUUUCAGUAGUUUGCUUCAAAACUUUGCUGAUGUUGUUCUCCUCAUUAAACUCUAAAGCUAUUCACUUAUGUUCUUAGACCCCAGUCUCCUCUGUUUCAAUGGGUUGUAAUCUCUGACUACCAAACUGAUCCAUUGCUAAGUUCACCGUCAAACUGUGGACACAGACUUCUGUGUCCUCUUGGUAGGCAUGCGUCCAUUUUCAGCAACGCUGUUUGCUUUUUGACCCUAGACAUUCAAACUUCCGCUGUGCCAGUCCUGAAGGCAGCAGUUCUCUAAAGAUUCCUAAUCCUGUGCAGUGGAUACUGUAAGUUACAGAAGCACCGGAAACAGCAAGAAAGGAAGCUGAGACCAGUCGCUUCCCAGAAAUGAGCUUUGUUAGGAGAGAGAGGCUUGUAAACAUUGGGGCCAGGAAUGGGCUUUGGGGUGGGGAAGAAUGCAAAGGGACAGCUUACAGAGAAAAAAAGAGCCACUCUGGACAACACUACAGGGAACCUCAAGGAAGGACGAAACGCACCUUUGGAGAAAUCACUUGAACAACGGGGAUACCAACUUUUAUGCUUUGGAGGGGCUGGCCACAAGUUCUACACUAUAUGAUUUGGUCUGACACAGCAAACAUGGCAAGGAGCCGGGUACUGGAUAGGACUAUGCAUUUACCUUGCAUCUUUGGGGGGGGGGGGCUUCAAGGCUUCAGCAUGUCACAGCCUUAUAACUCCAUCCCAGAGAGAGAUGGGCUGGUUUUGGGGAGAUGGAGAGAAGUUUUGAAGGGGUCUGCAAUCUAACAGUUAACACGGGCAUUUAGAAACCAGGAUUUGUGAUAGCUGUCACCAUUGUUUUUGAAGUAUCAUCAUUGUCAUGACCUCUCAAUGUACAAAACUUUGAACUAUUUGUACACGUGUAUGUAAAUGUGUAUGUGUGUGUUUGUAUAUAUUUCAGUAUGUCUCUUGAAACCAUGAGCUUAUUCUAGAGUCUCCCUUUCUGUAUUCAUGAUUUCUUCCUCAGAGAGAUGAGUUUUUGAAUCCCUAAUGUAUUUGCCAAUUUGAUCGAUUUGUCAUCUCCCAGUUCUGCCACUAGUGGCCUGUUGUCUUUAGAAUGUCCUUUUCCUGCAAAGGCUUCAACUUUUUUCUUUUGUUUGCUUUUUGUUUGUUUGUGUGUAUGUGUUUGAGACAGGGUUUCUCUAUGUAAGAAAGCCCUGGCUGUUCUAGAUUUGCACUGUAGAACAGAAUGGCCUCAAACUCACAGACAUCUGCUUGCCUCUGCCUCCCCAGUGCUGUAAUUAAAGGCGUGCCACCACCA